AUGGAGAUUGACGAUGGGACCGUGGGAGACAAAAGCUGGGUGGUGGAGAUCGAUGGCCAGUCCAAGAAAAUCGAUCCACUAAUCGAGAACAAACAAUGGUCGAAGCAGUCCAUAUACAGGGUUCCUGCUUGCAUAAAAAAAUUGAACACAGAGGUCUACACGCCCCAGAUCGUCUCCUUCGGCCCGUACCACCAUGGCGAGAAUGACCUCAUGCCGAUGGAGGAGCACAAGCACAGAGCACUGCUCCACUUCCUCAAGAAAGCAAAGAAGCCUUUCCACGAGUUCAUGGCCGCCAUGGAGGCUGAGUUUGAGCGACUGCAAGAGGCUUAUCAGAGCCUCGACGAGCGAUGGAAGGAUAAGGAAUCGUUCCUGCGGCUGAUGAUCCUCGAUGGCUGCUUCAUGCUCGAGAUAAUGCGCGUCAAGACGCAGAAGUCCUCCGACCAUGGCUACGCGUACGAUGAUCCCGUCUUUAGCGAAAGUGGCAUUCACCACAACGUGCCCUACAUAAAGCGAGAUAUGAUGAUGAUCGAGAAUCAACUGCCUCUGCUGGUUUUGGACCAACUGGUUCUCGUUGAGGGUCUUCAUCGCACGGCGGAGAAGUACGUAGACGAGCUGAUGCAAAGAUUCUGGGAGUGGAAUUCCACGGCGAGCCUGGGGCAGCGCCUCCACCCCCUUGGCGUGCUCCACAGCGGCCUGCUGAAACCCUGCGGGCAGAAGAACAGGGAUCCCAAGACGCCGAAGAUGGACACGAUCAUCCGGUCGGCGGUUGAGCUGCACGAGGCCGGCAUCCGCUUCAAGACGAGCGAGUCCGACAGCCUCCUUGACAUCUGGUUCGAUAACGGUGUCCUCAGCCUGCCGAAACUUACAGUCGACGACAACACCAAGUACAUGUUCCUCAACCUCAUGGCGUUCGAGCGCCUCCACGUCCGCGCCGGCAACGACGUCACCUCCUUCGUCUGCUUCAUGGACCACAUCAUCGACUCCGCCAAGGACAUCAACCUGCUGCACUACAAGGGGAUCAUCCUGAACGCGGUGGGAAGCGACGAGGCCGCCGCCGAGCUGUGCAACCGCCUGACCAAGGACGUGGUACUCGACCCCAGCAGCAGCCUCGGCAAGGUCCAAAACGACGUCAAAAAUUAUAUCCAGAAUGAUUGGAGAAGGCAUCGGGCCAACCUCAGACACACCUACUUCACGAGCCCAUGGACCACCCUCUCACUCAUGGCCGCCAUCGUCUUGUUGAUUCUCACGGUGCUGCAGACCAUUUACACCAUGUUGCAGUUCCACCUAUCUGCAUGAUCUCUGUCGCCGUAAUCUGUGAUGCUCUGCUUGGUUUGAUUUCUUUUCUUAUUGCUACGUCUUUACAUGGCUUGACCAGACGGAUCUUUUGAUUCAGUUGUGUUUUCCUCUCAUAUCUACGUACAAGUUUCAAUUACCGAUAUUUGUUUGGUUCAUUGGGAUUGGU